AUGUCCUAUGAACGGCCUCUUUCACUCUGUAAUGAAAAAUGCCAUCCAGGCUAUAGAAAGACCAAAAUUGAAGGACGAUCAUUUUGCUGCUAUGAUUGCACUGUAUGUCCAAAGGGGAAGAUUUCAGACCAGACAGAUAUGGAUGAUUGCUUCCAGUGCCCAGAAGAUCAAUAUCCAAACAACAACCAGGAUUUAUGCAUGCCAAAGCAUGUAACUUACCUAUCCUUCAAAGAACUAUUGGGGGCCGGCUUAGCUACAUCAGCUCUUGUGCUUUCUUUUAUCACAAUACUGGUGUUAGGAAUCUUCUUGAAGUACCACAACACUCCCAUCAUCAAAGCCAACAACCGCAGCCUCUCCUACACCCUCCUCAUUUCCCUCCUCCUUUCCUUUCUUUGUUCGCUGCUUUUCAUCGGUCGACCAAUGAAGGUGACCUGUCUCCUUCGACAGACUGCUUUUGGAAUCAUCUUCUCAGUGGCUGUUUCUUGCAUGUUGGCCAAAACCAUCAUUGUGGUUCUUGCUUUCAUGGCCACCAAACCAGGAUCAAGGAUGAGGACAUGGGUUGGGAAAAGACUGGCCCUUUUCAUUGUUCUUUCCUGUUCUCUUAUUCAAACCUGUAUUUGUAUAUUGUGGUUGGCAACCUCACCUCCAUUCCCAGAUUUUGAUACCCACUCAAUACCUGAAAAAAUUGUCCUGGAAUGUAAUGAAGGUUCUGCUAUCAUAUUUUAUUGUGUAUUGGCUUUUAUGGGUAUCUUGGCUGUUAUCUGCUUUACUCUUGCUUUCCUGGCCAGAAAGUUGCCUGACAGUUUUAAUGAAGCCAAGUUUAUCACUUUCAGCAUGUUGCUAUUUUGUGCUGUUUGGUUGUCCUUUGUUCCAACCUACUUAUGCACCAAGGGGAAAUACAUGGUAGCUGUAGAGAUCUUCUCCAUCUUGGCCUCUGGUGCUGGUUUAUUGAUUUGUAUCUUUUCUCCCAAAUGCUAUAUAAUUGUUUUAAGGCCUGAGUUAAAUAGCAGGGAACAUUUGAUGAGACGAAAAAAUAAAAAAAAAAUACUUGUCUACAUGAAAGAGGCUAAAAUUUUAUUUUAUUUUUAAGAAACUGGACUUCGUCACAAUAGCAUGUUCCAUUUACACAAACACUAUUUGAUUAGAAUUAAUCAUAGAUGGAUUGGAAGAACCAUUCUUAUAACUUCUUCACUGGGAUGUAAACUUCAUAGAAAUCUUGUAAUAAAACAUGACGGCUGUAAAAAAUA